AUGCUCUCUGUUUAUACCAUCGUUGCUCUCUAUGCUUCGUCGAUUGGCCUUUCUACUGCCCAAAGCAUUGACCCAAACUUGGUGAGCGAGGCAACAAGAGAGCAAUGGUGCCUAGCCCAGACCACACAAUGCCCUCUGAUCUGUACUCAGUACCCUGGAGAAUCCGCUGCUACAGCUGCCAAUGAGUGUAAUCCUGAAACCCUAACCUACGACUGCGUUUGUGCCGUCAACGGCCUAUCGCCCAACGUUUCUGAAUAUUCUCAAACCAUUCCAUACUUUAUUUGCACCGAAAACAACAACAAUUGCGUGAACGCCUGCAAUGGCAAUUCGCCUUGUCAAUCAGAUUGUCGGGAGAAUCGGCCUUGUGGUGCACAAAACCCUACGCGGGUUAAUGAGACGACAGUCACCGUCUCCGCUACAUCCAGCAGCGGCGGUGCCGCUGCCUCAACGGCAUCUGAUGGGGCGGUAUAUACAGGCUUUGAAGGCUCAGCUGCUACUACAGCCGCCUCUUCGGACAACGGCAACGCUGGUAGCAGCGCGGCAGCUGUCCUCCUGGAUAUUAGUCAACUGUACGGUUUGGGUGUGAGAACGUAUCGAGGACACAAGACGCGUCGAGAACUUCAAGGACUUGGCCUCGAUGCAUCCACGAGAUGGAACGAGUUGAUCAAAGACGUUCAAUACCAAAACCUCACAACGCCGACUGUUCCGUCAUCUCCUUCGACGAAUAAUUCAUCUGGGCCUCACAAUGGUCCAAAGGAUAGACAACAACCUCCAGCAGCUCGGAAGAACUGGCAACGUAUUGGUACUAUCAUUCGUCGAGCAGGACGAGUUGACCUCUCACCCUCCCAAUCUACCAGCUCCCUUGAUGACCGCACAUCCACCUCCGACAAUGAUGGCAACCAACUACCAGCUGAAGAGCGCGGAAAGAAGAGACAGAGAUGUGCCGAGGCUCGCAACGCCCGUCAUAAGUCAGCCAAGAUGAUGGAUCUCCAAUACUUUUUAGAAAUGGUUGAUCAAAAACACCGCUAUGGGAGCUCCCUGCGCAAGUACCACGAGUACUGGAAGUCACAACCUACGCCGCAAAAUUUUUUUUACUGGCUGGAUCAUGGAGACGGCAAAGAGGUCGAACUACCGGAGUGCGAUCGAGUGCGACUUGAGAAGGAACAAGUUCGGUAUUUGUCUAGAGAGGAAAGAUUUAACUAUCUCGUCAUGGUUGACGAACAAGGCCUGCUGCGAUGGGCUAAAAAUGGCGAAAAGGUGUGGACGGAGAGCACCUUGUACAAGGACAGCAUGAAAGGUAUCGUGCCGAUAAAUGACCAAGGUCCAACGUUUCACUACAAUGUCCAUUCUGAAGGGCGAGAGUCAGCAUCGACAUCUGAUAGUGACGAGGAGGACCAACCUGACAGGGACGACGCUGACAAGAAAUAUUUGAACGAGGAUUAUCACAAUGCGAAAGGCGUGGCGAAGCUGAGGAAGGUGGGCCCUGCGGUUGUGUUCAAUCACUUGAUCCGAGGGCGAACGAAGCAAGGACACAAGUGGAUCUUCGUGGCUGACACAUCUUUUCGGCUUUAUGUAGGGAUCAAACAAUCUGGCGCUUUCCAACAUUCUUCGUUCCUGCAUGGCGCUCGCAUAUCAGCAGCAGGUCUGAUCAAGAUCAAGGACGGACAAUUAAGAAGUCUGGCUCCCCUCAGCGGACAUUAUCGCCCGUCUGCGGCUAAUUUCCGAUCUUUUAUCCACAACCUCCAGGAUGAAGGUGCCGACAUGUCGAGGGUGUCAAUAUCGAAGAGUUUCGGGGUGCUCAUAGGAACGGAAAGUUACACACGCACGAAGCGAAAGAUGAAAGAUAUAGAGACCAGCUUAAAGCAUCAGAAGGACAAGAUCAUCAACCCUGAAAAGGUAAAAGAGCGAUAUGAGCACGAAAAGGAUAAAUCACAAAGUGCUGAAACAGAGCGCGAAUAUUUGGAGGAGCAUGGACUGGACGAGGGAAAGCUGCAGAGGCAGGAAAAGGAUCAGAACUUGGGAUCUAAAAUUGCAACGAAGCUAGGAGUUCGGCACAAAAACAACAACAGGCAAAAGCUUGAAGGCGGUAGCCCAGAGUAG